GGAAGGGGGAAAAAUCAUCAUCCAAAACUGUUUUUGAAUUUGAGUCUAAAGAUGUCUCAGCAUCAACAGCAGAGUCAGAGUAGGAAUGGGCAUCCCUCUCCCACCGUUAACUACGACGAUGUUGUUCAAAGUCCUGACCUUUUCUGGGAAAAGCUCAAAGCUUUUCACAAAUCUCUCGGCUUGAAAUUCAAGGUUCCGGUUGUUGGAGGAAAGGAUCUGGAUUUGCAUCAACUCUUUGUGGAGGUCACAUCACGAGGAGGUCUUGAAAAGGUAAUAAAAGAUCGCAGAUGGAAGGAAGUGAUUAUGGCCUUCAGAUUUCCAACAACCAUUACAAGUGCAUCUUUUGUUUUAAGGAAGUAUUAUUUAUCGUUGCUUUAUCAAUUCGAGCAAGUCUAUUACUUCCGCAAACAAGUCUCUUCAGUCUCAACCCCAGGCAGUGCCAGUGGGAGCCUUGUGACCGGAUCUGCAAAUUCUAGGGAAGAUGCCUCUCCAAACCAAUUAGCAGCUGUCGGUACUCAGGAAUUGCAGAUUGGCAGUUCUGUGACGGGGAUUAUUGAUGGAAAAUUUGAUAAUGGCUAUCUGGUUACUGUUCGGGUUGGGUCUGAUCAAUUUAAAGGUGUCCUAUAUCAUAUCCCCCAAAUGCUUCAAUUGUCUCAAAGUUCAAAUACAUUAGAUGUACCCCCUCUACGCCGAAAGAGAUCCCGGCUAGCUUUACAAGACCCCUCUAGGCCAAAGCCUAACAGGAGUGGUUAUAAUGUUUUCUUUUCUGAACAUUACGAUGGAAUCAAACCCUCGUACUAUGGGGAAGAGAAAGUCAUCAAUGAGAAGAUUGGAAACCUAGAAAGCAAUCUUACAGAGGCCGAGAAACAGGUUUAUCAGGAGAAAGGGACGAAGGACGAUGAGAGAUACAGAACUGAAAUGUUGCAAUAUAGAUCUUCCCAUGAUUCGACGCCUUAGUAGUCUCUGAUGAGUUGGUUGUUAGGAACUAAAUGAUGAGAUGUAAACCCUAGCUCAAUGUAUGUUUGUUGUUGUUGCUCAACUUUUCCAUUUCCUUAAAUUCUCUGUACGAGGAUUAUCUUAACCUUGCCCCAUUGCUGAAACUUUGGGUGAUUAGAUGGGAGAGCUUUGUAAAAUGUGGUUAUAUAUCUUUCAGAAUGCUAGAAACCUAGAACAUAAUUCCAGUGCUAUGUUUUUAUUUUAUUUU